CAAAAAGAACUCACCUGACGUUCGUUCUUGGACCUUCCCAGCUGGAUAGGACUAGCUUCUGAUAUUUCUUUCUAGAGAGGCGGGGGGAAAGGGGGAGAGAGAACUCUCUGGUUCAGGAGUUGCUAAAAGGAAAGAAAAAAAGUGAGCUAAAGGAGGAACAAAUGAAGUAAUUUGGAAAGAGAGCAGGAUUUAUCCUGCGGGUGGAAAAAGAACUCAUAACUCUACAUCAACUGCAUGCACAGAUCCAGGUGAAGGAUCCAAAGCAAAAGGGAAAUAAAUGGGACUUUGAAAUAAAUAAAUAAAUAAAUAAAGAGGCAAAGGGCCAAAUGGGAGUAAAGGGGCCUUCAGGAAAAGGAAAGAAGCACUGAAAGGCCUGGUCCCAAGAAAGGGGAGGCUCUAAAAGACACACUGCACUGCAGAGAAGGCGUCUCUCUUCUCAGUUCAGCCUUGCAAAAGAUUCUGGGUGGGAAGCAUCUACCAUGGAUCCUUGGUAUUGUUCAAAUUGUUCCUUGGGCAAUGCCACCUUGGAAAACCAGACUUCACAAGCCAACCAAACUUCAGUCAUAAAACGAAAUGAAGACAUUGCCAAGGUGGAGGUAGCGGUGCUGUGCCUCAUCUUUUUCCUUGCCCUGACGGGAAACUUAUGUGUGCUGCUGGCAAUCUACACAACCCGCCACAAACAUUCCCGCAUGUACUUCUUUAUGAAGCAUCUGAGCAUUGCUGACCUAGUGGUGGCCCUCUUCCAGGUCUUGCCUCAGCUCAUCUGGGACAUCACCUUCAGGUUCAAAGGGCCAGAUUAUCUCUGCAGGUUGAUCAAAUACCUGCAAGUGGUGGGGAUGUUCGCUUCCACCUACAUGCUGUUGCUGAUGUCGCUGGAUCGGUGUUUGGCCAUCUGUCAACCCUUGAGGUCUUUACAUCGGAGGUCUGACCGGUUGUCUGUGCUCCUCACAUGGGUAGUGUGCCUCCUCUUCAGCAUCCCGCAGCUCCAAAUAUUUUCUAUGAAGAAUGUGGCCCACGGAGGGAUGGAUUGCUGGGCGACAUUCAUUCAGCCUUGGGGUCCUAAAGCCUAUGUCACCUGGAUGACCUUGACCGUCUACAUCAUCCCAGUGAUUGUGCUAAGUAUCUGCUAUGGCUUGAUCAGCUUCAAAAUUUGGCAAAAUGUGAAGCUGAAAACUGUCCAUGAAACAAGUGUGAGUCUAACCUCCAGUAACUCUCAUGGUGGCACACUCUCCAGGGUGAGCAGUAUCAAACUCAUUUCCAAAGCCAAGAUACGGACAGUCAAAAUGACCUUUAUUAUUGUCUUAGCCUUCAUCAUGUGCUGGACUCCUUAUUUUAUUGUGCAGAUGUGGCUUGCAUGGGAUGAAAAUGCUCCAAAAGAAGAUUGGACGUUCAUAAUCACCACACUCCUAGCAAGCCUGAACAGCUGUUGUAACCCCUGGAUCUACAUGCUUUUCACAGGCCAUCUUUUCCAUGACCUUUUGCACCGGUUCCUUUGUUGUUCUUCACAGUACUUAAAAGCUCGGCAAGGAUGUGACCUGAGCGUAAGCAAGAAAAGCAAUUCAUCCACUUUUGUUCUGAGUAUCAAAAGCUCCAGUCAAAGGAGUUUUACCCAGCCAUCCACAGCAUGAGCUAGACAGAUCCAGCGUCUCUAUAGACUAUAUUAAAAUGUUUGGCUACAAAUGGCUUUGGUGUCUAUCUACUUAAGAAAAUGAGGCAAAGUGAUAUGGGUGCAUGUAAGUCUGGGCAUAAAUAUACUACCGUAUGUGUAAAAAUGAGUGUAUUGUAUGUGUAGGGUAUUUGUUUAUUGAUAUUUAAGGUAAAAGAAAGCUGGCUAUAGUCUGAUUCAGGAUAAAUAAUUUGACUCUUCAAGAACUUGGAUGGUCUAUUCCUGUCUUACCCAGGCAGACAAAUUUGUAAUAUUUGAAAAACACUAUAUUUUCUAUAUUUGAGCCAAAUAAUAGUUCCCAUGCAAAACAUACAAGGUUUGAUCACAGUGUCGAUGGAUUCCACAGAUUAACGAAACCUACAAACUGAGCAACAGAUUACACUUACAAAUAACAGGAGCAAGAAGAAAAUAUUGUCUCCUAUUGUAAAGGCAGUGGAGUAUAAGACAAAUGAAUAUGGUGGAGUCUUCUAAGUCAAACAAAACAUUGUUACUCCUUGGACUGACCAUUCAAUCCACAAAAAGGAAUUCAAAUCUUUAAACACCCCAUCAUUACCUGGACUUGCAGUUAUGUGAUGACUGGUCAUGGAGAAAAAUUUUGGGAGCUCAACGUGAUACCAGAAACUACAUUUGAAGUGGAAACGAUAACUCCUGAAAUUGAAGUUGAUUUUCAUAGAUAUUCCAUGUUUCUUUUCCUAGUUGCAUCAUUCAUUUUUUUCCAGCAACAUUCCACUGUGAAAUGUUAACCCUUCAAAGACUGUCAGCAUAACAUUGUGCAUCGCUCAUUAACUAUUGACAAACUAACACAGCAAAAUUUAUAGAGAAUGCAGACAGUGCUUUGUAAGAAGAAUAGUUGCUAACCCAUCAUUACCAGGUGCCUCUUGCAGAAUCUAACCAGAAGGGGAAUGUUGGAAGGCAGUUUUAAGGCACACUUUUAACUUGCAGUAGACAACAAUGACACCUAUCACUGCCCUUGUCAAUAGCUGAUACAUUCUAUAGCACAGUGAUGGCUAACUUUUUUGCCAUGUGCCAAAAGCAGGGGGAGCGCUGGGUGGUCGUGUGCAUGUGUGCCCAUACCCAUAAUUCAAUGCCUCCCCACCCCCGUGCAUGCACAUGUGACUCCCUGCACUCCCCUCACUUUCGGCACGUGAUGGCAUGGUGGGCCCAGUAGGCCCGUUUUUCACCUUCCCCAGGCUCCAGACACUUUCUUGGAGCCCAAGGAGGGUGAAAACAGGCCUUCCCCACCCACCUGGAGGCCCUCUGGAGGAUGGAAACAGCCCAUUUGCCGACUUCCGGUGAGCCCGGAAGGCCUGAAAAUCAGAUGCAAGUGCCGGAGCUGAGCUAAGGCAACGCUCAUGUGCCUACUGAUAUGGCUCCAUCACGCGUGCCAUAGGUUUGCCAUCACGUCUAUAGCAUGACCCAAAAUCCCUUCCACUUUCAGAAAACAGUGAGGUUUUUUUUUUAUGUGAUAAACAAUAUUCCUGCAAGUGAUCAAUGAUCCACAUGUUUCUGCUAUUAAACACAUUGCAUGUCAGUCAUUGACUGUUACAACAGAAAAUAUCAAAUGCUUAGCCUGGAUAAAAAGAAAAGUAUAGCAUAGAAAACUCUCAGAUUUGAACAAGUAUCACAGAGAAGAUGGAGCAGAUUUAUAUUCGGUGGUUCAAAAAGUCAGAACUACCAAGAAUGGGUGGGAAUGCCAUUUUUGGCUAAGCAUCAAGAAAAACUUCCUAAUGUUAUGACAGUGGAAUAAAUUAUCUCUGGAUAUGUUGAAUACUGAAUUACUUCAAUUAUCUCUGAAAAUAUUUAAGCAGAGAGUCUCUAGAAUGUAUCUUCUUACAGCAGUGAUGUAUAUAAAUGAACUUUGGAGUUCCUUGCAGCUCCAAAAUAUUACAAUUUUGCAAAUGGUUGAAGUGAGGUGUUACUCAAUUCUUAAUGCAGUCAUAAAAUAUUUGGACAAUAUUUAGAGACUAUCUGAGCAUCCAUCAAAACCUGCAAGUUGAAAUUGUUAUUCUAGAAGUUUUCCAUUUGCUACCUGAUAUAAUUCUGCUCUUGAUUCUACUGCAUGUAUAAUUGGCUAAAUAUUUUCUGGGGAUGAACCUGGGAUUGUUUUAGCUGCAUUCCACAGCUUUUGCCUUUUUAUUGUAAAAUGAGCCCAAAGGAUAGUAUAAGGGAGACUUUAAAAAAAAAUGUUAUGGGUGACAGCUCUAGAAUAAGUGUACAAUACAGAUAGUCCUUGUUUAACAACAUCAGUUAAGGACUGGAAUUGCUAUCGCUAAGCAAUAUGGUCUGUAGGGUCAUGUGACUGCUAUCAAUAACAUUUCUGACAGUCCUGGUGGCUAUUGUUAAGUGAUGACCAUGCAGAUCAUUAAGCAAGGGCAUCAUGUAAUUGUGAUUUCCAACUUCCUGCCAGCUUCCCCAUUGACUUUGCGGGAAGCCAGCAGGAAAGAUUGGAAAUUAUGAUCACAUGACUGUGGCUUGCUUAACAUUGUAAUUGCAAGCCAGGGAACCAAAUGUUCAGACUACAAUCAGGUGACGGUAAGGAUGCUGUGAUGGCUGGAACUGAUGUCAUAUUGUGGUAUGUUAGAAGCUAAAGCUCACAUGUUCCCAGCAUAUCUGAGCCCUCAUAACAACUGAUUUCUUUAAGUUCAUGAAUUGGACCAGUUGGGUGAUAGAUCCAUUGUCUUUUCAGAAGAUGUAUCAGUGAGACCUUUGCUUUUUUUAAAGAAUUAUUCAGAAAAAUCUACAUAUUUAACACAAAUAACUCCAUUUAUUAUGACUAAUAGUAGUAAAAAUAGUUCUCCGUUUUCUUAUAUAUCCACAAAAGCCUCUGGAAAAUAUUAUGCCAUUCAGAAUUUAGUUAUUUGAUUUUAAUGAGGUAAAAAAGUUGGCCAACUGAAAACUGUAGGAUGGACCCUGAGAAACAGGAGUAGAAAUGAACAGAAUGGUAUUUUCCAUCAGAAGCUCCAUGUGGUAUCCUAACUGAGAUUUUGAAAUAGGAAUGGGGAGACCUAGUUCAAAGCCACCCCCCAAUACAAAUACACCCAAAUGGAUGAUUGGGCUCAGUCAUAUCUCAGUCUUAUCUUUGUGUCCAACAUCUAUUUUGUUAGGCUGGAGGGGAUACUGUGUGUGAGUGGAUUUCUGUUGGGAAGGGAAGUUAUCCUACUUCAGGCAGAGGGAAUUUCAUCCCAUUCAUGCUGUUCAAGAAUCACACCCUUCAGAUAAGUUAUGUCAUGAAGAAGGAGACAAUGAGAAGAGGAGGUGGUGACCUUACUUUCUGCAAACUUCCUUUUGUUCUCAGGAGACAACCCCUUGUCUAACAAAAUAUUUGCCAUCUUCACUGACUUUACUGUAAGAUAACUUUGAUUUAAUACUAGGUGACUGUAUGUUCCUUGCUUGUUUAUUUCAAUCGGGUAUUUUUCUGGAAAAAAUAUUUUAAAAGAUACAUUUGAGUAAGUAGUUAUCUUCUUUUUUAAAGAGAGAAAAAAAAUCACAAAUAAAAGAUACAAAUGGGACCCAAAAGAAAUGAAAGAUAAACUGUAUUAUACAAGAAAAGUAACUAUAUAUAUAUAAAAAACUCUAAAUAAAUGUAAA